AUGCCGACUCUCCCAGACGCAGCCCCUCGGCGGGACCAGAAGCGCGCACCCAGGCCGGGCGCAGGGACCGAGGCCACGGGCAUCACGACCCCCGGGGGGACGGAGCGGGAGCCGCGGGCUGAGCACUGCCUGCCCGAGGAGCACCCCGAGGACCUGUACGCGAGCAUUCCUGGGGACAGCCCGGACGGCCCCGCAGAAGCCCCGGCCCCCGGCAGGCCGCCCCCGCCCCCGCCCCGGCCCCCCACUGCGGCCGCCCAGCUGGAGACCACCCCCCGCGGGCCGCCAGGAGUUCCGGGGUCUUUAGCUCUUGGCCGUGCUAAGCUUCAGGACGGUGUGUUCGAGGAGGCAGCAGGGAAAGGGCUGGAGAGCCCGGCGGAAAGAGGCCGGCACUGCUGUGACCCUGGUCCGGGAUGGGAAGGAGGCCGAGACCCCAGAGAGGAGGACGAGGGAGAGGGGCAGGAGGAGGAGCCCUACACGUUUGCUGAAAUCGAUGACAAUGAUUACGACACCGUCCUGGCUCCUCGGAGCACAAAGCAGAAAAGUGGGGGCCGGUCCUUCAUCAUCAACAGGCCUCCGGCGCCCGCCCCUCGGCCCCCCAAGAGCCCGCAGCAAGAGGGGACCACGCCGUACAUAGCUCGGGUGUUUCAGCAGAAAGCCAGGAGCCAAUCUGAUGGUGACAAGUUCCCUGGUCCCAAGAGACAAGACAGAGCCCGGGACGGGAUCCCCGUCUCCGCCGUGGCCAAGAGCUGCCUGGAUGCCGACCAGGAGGAGCUGAUCGUCCUGCAGGAGCGGGUGCGGAAUGGGGAGCUGAGCGUGGACAAGGCCCUGGAGAGGUUCCGGCGCUGGCAGCUGGGAAAGGAGGACCUGGAGGCCCGCCAGCAGGAAAAACUCCGCCAGCUCCGAGACUGCAUCAUUGGGAACAGGCCAGGCGACGAGACCUCCUACGGUCACCUGACCAUUGUGCACCACCCGACUGGUAAGUGUCGGCCAAAGGUCCCCCAGAACAACGCGGCCAGCCGGCCUCGGUGCCGACGUGAACUCACCCAGCCGGGCCGGACGGUGUCAAAACUCACAUCAGCGUUUAUGUUUCCCCAUUGCUGUGAAGCCACUUGACACGAGGAGACG